AUGGCGAAAGCAGGUUAUGACUUCACAGCUCACACCGAGUUUAAAAGCUUGGAAAUUCAUGACCGACCUGAGCUCUCCUCAACUCAAAAGAAGCUUCUACGGGAAGGACAUUCUAUACCCGUGUCGAGAAAAGGACUCGGAUACAAGUCGCCAGAACCGAUCCGUAUAACUAAAAAGGGGAAGGAAAAAGUGGUUGACAUCAAUCAUAUAACUAUAGAGGAGGAUGACAAUACUGACGUAAAAGAAGGUGAUAAUCAGAGAAUCUCAGUAUUUGAUCGAAUUAGACCAUCUGUUGCACGUCCCGUAGUAUUUGAAAGGCUAAGCAUGACAGAGGCAGAAAGAGAAAGGCUCCAGUCAGUACCAAACCUUGAGAGACAUUCGGUCUUUCGAAGGCUAACUACGACUCCCAUAAAGGAAGAAAGCACAUGCCAUGCCUUGACAACUACAAGACCAUCAGCCUUUGAAAGGCUAGGUGUGUCUAAAAAGAAAAAUGUACAAGCACCCCGUGCUCCGAUUUUUAAUCAUCUCGGGGAUAAAGGAUCACACGACAACAUUGAUUCCAACAUAGAUACAAAGAAGAAGGAACCAAUGUCUCGUGUGAAAGUUUGGCGUCGAAUUAAGCAUACAGAUGUCGAUAAUUAUCGUAGUAAGAAGUUUCCUUGCGAGACAAAGGAAAAUGGAGAAAUUCAUAGCAACGUUCCUUCUCGCAUGAAAAGAAAAACUUUUGUUACUCUCAAUACAAGUCAAGGUUCGUUAAAGGUAAAAAGACAUGAUGUUAUACUAACGAAUCCUGAAAAAGAAGGGUCGGAACAAGGGGAAUGUGAAACUUCAUGUCAUCACAUCACCAUUAUUGAGGAAUCAGAGACUGGAACUCAUGAAGAAGACGCAGAAAAUGCCCCACAAAGUUUAGAGGAUGGUGGCCAAUCUACUGUAGACGAGCUAAAAGAGGUGAACCUUGGGACAUCUUUGCGUGGUCGUACAAGGAGAUGCCCAGGACUUGACCCAAAAGUAGCAGUCCAUCAUCUUGCAAUUAAACCUGGAUAUCGACCGAUUAAACAAGCACAACGACGUUUUCGACCGGAGCUUAUCCCUCAAAUCGAGGUGGAAGUCAACAAGUUGAUCGAAGCAGGAUUCAUUCGCGAGGUCAAAUAUCCAACGUGGAUAGCAAACAUUGUCCCUGUUAGAAAAAAAAAUGGACAACUUCGCGUUUGUGUAGACUUUCGCGAUCUGAAUAAUGCAUGCCCUAAAGAUGAUUUUCCCUUGCCCAUCACCGAAAUCAUGGUUGAUGCAACUACUGGACACGAGGCGUUGUCGUUUAUGGAUGGGUCGUCUGGAUAUAAUCAAAUACGGAUGGCCCUCUCAGAUGAAGAAAUGACAGCUUUCAGAACUCCAAAGGGAAUAUACUGUUACAAGGUGAUGCCCUUUGGAUUGAAAAAUGCCGGCGCUACUUAUCAACGUGCCAUGCAGAAAGUGUUUGAUGAUAUGUUGCACAGGUAUGUUGAAUGUUAUGUUGAUGAUCUUGUAGUCAAAACAAAGAGACGACAAGACCAUUUGAAGGAUCUAAAAGUCGUGUUUGAUCGCUUGCGAAAAUAUCAGCUAAGGAUGAACCCUCUCAAGUGUGCGUUUGGUGUAACUUCAGGAAAAUUUCUUGGCUUCAUUGUAAGGCAUCGAGGGAUCGAAAUAGACCAGUCCAAGAUUGAUGCCAUUCAGAAGAUGUCAAGACCUAAAAGUUUGCAUGACCUAAGAAGUCUCCAAGGACGACUGGCUUACAUCCGAAGGUUCAUCUCUAACUUGGCCGGUCGGUGUCAACCUUUUCAAAAGUUGAUGAGAAAAGGAGAAAAUUUUGUGUGGGAUGAAGCUUGUCAGAACGCUUUUGAUAGCAUAAAGAAAUACUUGCUUACUCCCCCAGUGCUGGGAGCUCCAGUACCUGACAAACCACUAAUAUUGUACAUUGCUGCACAAGAAAGGUCCUUAGGAGCAUUACUGGCACAAGAAGAGGUAAAGGGAAAGGAGCGUUCUCUCUACUAUCUAAGCAGAACAUUAAUUGGGGCUGAAGUUAACUAUUCUCCUAUCGAAAAGAUGUGUCUUGCACUUUUCUUUGCCAUUGAUAAGUUGAGGCAUUAUAUGCAGGCCUUCACGGUUCAUCUAGUGGCAAAAGCAGACCCUAUAAAGUAUGUUCUAUCCAGGCCAAUCAUCGCUGGACGCUUAGCCAAAUGGGCGGUUCUACUCCAACAAUAUGACAUUGUCUAUAUUCCCCAAAAGGCGAUAAAAGGACAAGCGCUAGCAGACUUUUUAGCAGACCACCCAAUUCCUUCGGAUUGGAAGUUAUGUGAUGACCUACCAGACGAUGAGGUUUUCUUCACAGAAGUUAUGGAACCUUGGACUAUGUACUUCGAUGGUGCAGCUCGAAGAAGUGGUGCGGGGGCAGGCAUUGUCCUCAUUUCUCCUGAGAAGCAUAUGUUGCCUUAUAGCUUUGCACUUUCCGAAUUGUGUUCAAACAAUGUGGCUGAAUAUCAGGCUUUGAUAAUUGGCCUUCAAAUAGCAUUAGAAAUCGGAGUGUCAUUCAUAGAGGUCUAUGGUGAUUCAAAAUUGAUAAUCAAUCAACUCUCGCUUCAAUAUGACGUGAAACAUGAAGACUUGAAGCCAUAUUUUGCUUAUGCUCGACAAUUGAUGGAAAAGUUUGAUAAUGUGAUGUUAGAACAUGUCCCUAGAGUAGAAAAUAAGAGAGCGGAUGCAUUGGCAAAUUUAGCCACGGCCUUGACCAUGCCAGAUGAUGUAACUCUGAACAUACCACUUUGUCAACGAUGGAUUAUACCCCCAGUUAGGCCUGAAUGUCAGGAAGUGAACAUGGCAACAUCCUAUUUGAUUGAUGAAGAAGAUUGGCGUCAACCCAUCAUAGAGUAUCUUGAACAUGGAAAGCUUCCAAAGGAUUCUCGUCAUAAAAUUGAGAUACGAAGAAGGGCAGCACACUUCAUUUAUUACAAGGGAACUUUAUAUCGCCGUUCUCUUGAAGGGCUCUUCCUUCGAUGUCUCGGAAAGGAAGAUUCGGUAAAAGCUCUAAAGGAAGUACAUGCAGGUGUUUGUGGAGCACAUCAAUCGGGACCAAAGCUUCAAUUCCAGCUAAGAAGAAUGGGCUACUACUGGCCUAAGAUGAUCCAAGAUUCAAUAGACUAUGUGAAGAAGUGUGAGCCUUGUCAAUACCAUGCAAACUUCAUACACCAACCUCCAGAACCUCUUCAUCCAACUGUGGCUUCUUGGCCUUUUGAGGCUUGGGGACUCGAUCUGGUUGGCCCCAUUACACCAAAAUCAUCAGCAGGACAUUCUUAUAUCCUAGCAGCAACAGACUAUUUUUCAAGGUGGGCUGAGGCCAUUUCAUUGAGAGAAGCCAAGAAGGAGAACGUGGCAGACUUUAUUCGAACACACAUCAUCUAUCGAUACGGUAUUCCACAUCGAAUCGUGACGGAUAAUGGAAAGCAAUUCUCCAAUAGUAUGAUGGACAAGUUAUGUGAAAAAUUCAAAUUCAAGCAAUAUAAGUCAUCCAUGUACAACGCAGCUGCGAAUGGACUAGCAGAAGCAUUCAACAAAACAUUGUGUAAUCUUUUAAAGAAAAUUGUCUCCAAGUCAAAGAGGGAUUGGCAAGAAAAGAUCGGCGAGGCAUUAUGGGCUUAUCGGACGACUCAUCGCACCCCUACAGGGGUUACACCAUAUUCGCUUGUUUACGGUGUGGAGGCUGUCCUUCCUCUCGAAAGGGAAAUUCCGUCACUAAGAAUGGCAGUACAAGAGGGAUUGACUACCGAAGAUAAUGUGAAGUUACGUCUUCAAGAAUUAGAAGCACUUGACGAAAAGCGAUUAGAGGCUCAGCAAGCAUUGGAAUGUUAUCAAGCGAGAAUGUCCAAAGCUUUUGAUAAACACGUUAAACCUCGCUCCUUUCAAGUCGGUGAUCUAGUACUUGCCGUAAGGAGACCGAUCAUCACAACAAGGCAUACAGGAAAUAAGUUCACACCUAAAUGGGAUGGACCUUACAUUGUUAAAGAAGUUUAUACAAAUGGCGCAUACAAGAUCGUUGAUCAAGACGGACUACGAAUUGGCCCAAUCAAUGGUAAAUUUCUUAAAAAAUUUUAUGCUUAAUUUUGUUAGGUAAAAAAAAAAAAA